GCAAAGGUGUUGUUAUGUAACGGAGUGCGUGGGCCGCCGUUUAUCGAUUUCGUCGACCGAAAGUUGCGUGGGGAGGAGCGAGAAGGCCGAAAGAUAGCUUCGCCUCCGAGUGUACCCUCAGCUGAUCGAUUCCUGCUAGUCUACAGCGAAAGCUCGCCAUAGCCAUAACCAGCUCCAUCCCAAAGCUCUGCGAAAGCUCUGCCCGCGAAGACUUGCUGCGCGCCACCGCCUAAGCAAUCACCGAACAAACAUAACUAAGAUGGCUGGAGCUGACCCGAAAUGGCAGAAGGAUGCGGCGGACCAGAACUUCGAUUACAUGUUCAAACUGCUGAUCAUCGGAAACAGUUCCGUGGGAAAGACGUCGUUCCUCUUCAGAUACGCGGACGACAGCUUCACGUCGGCCUUCGUGAGCACCGUCGGCAUAGACUUCAAAGUGAAAACGGUCUUCAGGCACGACAAACGCGUCAAACUGCAGAUCUGGGACACGGCUGGCCAGGAGAGAUACCGCACGAUAACGACGGCUUACUACAGGGGAGCCAUGGGCUUCAUUUUGAUGUACGACGUCACGAAUGAGGAGUCCUUCAACAGCGUACAAGACUGGGUGACUCAAAUCAAGACGUACUCUUGGGACAAUGCACAAGUUAUACUUGUCGGAAACAAGUGCGAUAUGGAGGACGACAGGGUCAUCAGCUACGACAGAGGCAGGCAACUUGCCGAUCAGCUGGGCGUCGAGUUCUACGAGACCAGCGCAAAGGACAACAUCAACGUCAAAAACGUGUUCGAGCGUCUGGUCGACAUAAUCUGCGACAAAAUGUCCGACAGUUUGGAUACUGAUCCAUCUUUGAUGAACGCCGGAGGAAAAGGGACAAGAUUGACGGACGCCCCACAGGGCCCACAGGCCGCGAACUGCAACUGCUAAUUCUGAUCGAUGGACGCAAAAAAGAAACGAAGCAAAUCCGAAUACACUGAAAAGAGAAUGAAAAUUUAAAGGAAUGCAAACAAAAAAAAAA